UGGAGCCUCCGGCGAUGAGGCGGAUGUCGAUGAAGGUUUUUUAAACUUCCACGGCGCCAAUAUGGUUACAUGAUUGUGUCAAAUACUAAAUAGAUCUUGUUGCUUGAAGAUAUUUUGUGAAGACGGUAUGCUUCUGCAGUUCUUAUUCAGUCGUUAAUGUACCGCCAGGCACUUAGAAAAAAAAAACAUUUAAAUACGUUUCUCAACUGGUACACUGUGGCAGAAUGCAGAGAGACAUAGGAAGCUUUCCCCUGCCUUCCUCAUUGAAAGUAAAACUUGUUGGGGCUGGUUUUCAGACAGCAGAGGACCUGCAAGCUAUUAAGCCAACGGAAUUGAGUAAAGAAAUUGAAAUUUCUAAAGAAGAAGCACUGGAAAUCUUGCAAGUGGUCAGACGGGAGAACUUCAGUGAUUCUGGUAGCAUGCCACAGUGUGCUAGGAAGUAUACAGCACUGGAACUGCUAGAGCAAGAACAGACACAUGGCUCCAUUAUUACAUUCUGCUCUCUGUUAGAUGAUGCUCUGGGUGGUGGAGUUCCUGUUUGUAAGAUUACAGAGAUAUGUGGAGCACCUGGAAUUGGGAAAACACAACUUUGCAUACAGCUUGCAGUUGAUGCUCAGAUCCCUGAGUGUUUUGGAGGGUUGGAUGGAGAAGCAGUGUUUAUUGAUACAGAAGGCAGUUUUAUAGUGGACAGAGUUGUGGACAUUGCUUCUGCCUCUGUUCACCACUGCCAGCUCAUUGCAGACACACAUCAAGAGGAAGAUCAGCUGAAAGCCAUGGAGACCUUUUCAGUUGACAGCAUACUUUCCCACAUUUACUACUUUCGUUGCCAUGACUACACAGAGCUGCUUGCCCAGACCUACCUGUUGCCAGCCUUUCUCCUUGAACAUCCUAAGGUACGAGUGGUGUUGAUUGACAGCAUUGCUUUUCCUUUCCGGCAUGAUUUUGAGGACCUUUCCCUACGCACACGACUGUUGAAUAGAUUGGCACAGCAGCUGAUUAGUAUGGCUGAUAAACAGAGAGUUGGGGUAGCUUUGACAAAUCAGAUGACAACCAGAAUUGGACAGAGCCAUUCUAUGUUGGUGCCUGCACUAGGUGAAAGCUGGGGUCAUGCAGCUACCGUACGACUUAUCCUUCACUGGCAGGACAAGCAGAGGUUUGCAACAUUGUAUAAGUCACCAAGUCAGAAAGAGUCGACAGUUCCUUACCAGAUAACUUCUUAUGGUUUCAGAGAUGCACAUUCCCCUGCACCAUCCAUGACCCUGUCAGAAGGGGAAACAAAUGCUCGAAAACGCCCACGCAUGGAAGAGGAGGGAAAUGAUUGAGUCAGAAAUACAAAAAGUUUAAUUGAGGUCCUGCCAGUUGGAAGUAUUCAUACUGUGGUAUUCAAAGAAAUGUCAGAUGCAAAGAGAAGCACAACUAGUUGAUCACUCUUUGUUCUGUUUCUCGGUGUGGGGGCUUGUAUCCUAUUUUAACAACUGUGUUGCUAAAGUUUAAUUGAAGAGACUUCAGUUGUAUGACAGUAAAACUGGUAUGUUCAGUCAUGGUAACCUCACAUGUGCCUUUCAGGACAUGUCUGCUACCUCUGUUUGAAGAACAUGCCAUGCAAAAAUAUUUGUACAAAUGUAACAUAUUAUAAAAGGAACAAUUUUCUUCAAGGCUGGAAACCUUUGUCUGUUUUCCAGUACAUUAACAAUGUUGUUUUAACCUGGCAUGUCUGUAACUAGAUUUGUGAAGUUUCAGGUGGGGUACAAGUAGCCUCAUAUAUAUAUAUAUAUAUAUAUAUAUAUAUAUAUAUAUAUAUAUAUAUAUGUAUGUAUGUAUGUAUGUGUGCACAGAAAAACAGUUUCCAAGGAUUGGGACUAGAGUCAUUAACUGCAAGGUAUUGUGAUUUAUUUAUUUUUUUUAAUUUGUGACAGAGCAGCCAAUCCAUUUUACAGGUGUUGGCUAGCUGAGUAAUUUACAGAUAUUGCUGUUUCCACUAAUUAGAAAAAAACUGUAUGUGUUGUGGCGCCUGCUAGUUUUAGAGAAUCUGCAUGUAGAAUGUUUCAAAAUUUAGCAGACUGCAUCCCCCAACUUCUCAGACUGACAGAUGUGUAAUAGCUUUAACUUUUGCUGUAGACUUGUGUAUCAAACUAAAAUUGUAUAGUAUGUAAUUCUCCUUAUAAGCUAGAGAGUCAAGUCUGCUGUAAGAAUAAAUAAUUGUAAAACUCC